UAUUAUAGUGCAAACAGUACUCCUCUGCGUUAAUCCAUUACUAAUCCAGCCGAGUCCAGCCCGGUCGCGGAGGCGGCCCUUUCCCUUCCUGUUCCUUCGCCCCGACCCGUCUGAUCGCACCGAAGGAGAGAAGAUUCCGAGGGGUUUAUCCGGCCGGCGGCGACCGGGGUCGGGGUCGGGAUCGGAUCGCCAUGGGCGAGGUGUUCGAGGGCUACGAGCGCCAGUACUGCGAGGCCUCCGCCUUCCUCACCCGCAAAUGCACAGCCGCCGCCGCCCUUCAGGGAGACAAGCUGAAGCAGAAGGCGGCGGAGAUCAAAUCCGGCAUCGAUGGCGCCGAGGCGCUGAUAAAGAAGAUGGAUCUUGAAGCAAGGAAUCUCCAACCGAGCAUGAGAGCUGGGCUCCUAGCAAAGCUCAGGGAGUACAAGUCAGAUCUUAACAACCUCAAGGGAGCGCUGAAGAGGAUCACCACUGGUAAUGCCCAGCAAGGGGCGAGGGAGGAGUUGCUGGAGUCAGGAAUGGCAGAUACGUUGGGGGUUUCUGCUGAUCAAAGGUCAAGACUGCUCAGGACAACAGAAAGGCAGAACCAAACAACUGAUAGGCUCAGAGAUAGCCAUAGAACUAUGCUGGAGACUGAAGAUCUUGGGGUCUCCAUCUUGCAUGAUCUGCAUCAGCAGCGCCAAUCUCUCUUGCAUGCUCAUGAUACACUGCACAGUGUGGAUGACAAUAUUGGCAAGAGCAGAAGGAUCAUUGGAGGCAUGGUGAGGAGAAUGGAUAGAAACAAGUGGAUUAUCGGUCUCAUCAUAGCCCUCCUUUUGUUGGCAAUCCUUGUGACUCUGUAUUUCAAGUUUGUGUACUAGGGGGUUGCUUUGCAUUGGACAAUAGUUUUCCACUUCAACCAGGACGGAGGAAGGCAGCUGUGAAUUUUAGCUUCUACCUGCAUUUUUUUGUGCAUGUUUUUCUUUUCAAUUAUCCUUUUUUUUUGUUCAGAUCAUAUUUAUAUGGGCUGUGCUUGUAUGGUGAAUGUGUUGUGAGAAAACAAGGUUCCAGCGAUGGGAUAGAGUUUUGUUUACCUGAUUGGUUGUUUGAAAACUGGACGCGUAAGAAAUAAGCAGUUUUGCGCAUGUUGCGUUCAUUAUUA